AUGGAUUGUAGGAUCUCUCCAUGGGAUAAGAGGAAGAACGGGGGAGGCAAAGCCUCGGACAAGAUGAUGAAGGAGCGGACCUUGCCAGAGGUCCUCAAAGCACGCAUGAAGGUCGUUCAUCCCAAGUGUGGAGAGUUUAUGUAUGGGGACAGGGGUGCUAAAGACUUUGAGGGGCUCGGCCUUGACUUAGAGGCGACCAUGGGUCUGGCUCACGAGAACAUCUUCCUCGAUAUGAGUCACAAGCAGGCGCGACAGCGUCUCUUGGAUGGAACCAAGGACGACUGGAACUCUAUCAUCGUAGCAGAUGAGUUUCUGCAGUCUUUGGACGUGGUCAGUAAUGCGCUUCGGGCUGCGGGAAUCGAGUUCCUCACAUUUCAUGGCCACAUGACCCUAAAGGAGAGGGAUGAAGUGCGAGCUCGCUUCGACGACCCCGAUGAUCCGGUCAGAGUAAUGCUUGCCACCAUCCAGUGUUUCGGUCUUGGGCUACCCCGCGAAGUGACAGCACAUUCGUUCGCCGGGACAACAAAGGUCGCGGAAACAAUCGCGUACAUCGCCCUAACCGACAAAACCUUUAAGGCAAAGAAAGAGCUGAUCAAGUCGGAAUGGCUUGAAGCCUUCAAGACCCUCGACGAAACAAAGAAAAGGCCCAUCAACAACGUCUCAGGGGCAAGCAAACCAGGAACUCUAGCGAAGAAGCCACGACUCGUCAACAUCGGUGAAAACUUUAAAGCUUUCCUGAAUGGUGAAGAGCUCUCCAGCAAGAUCUUGGAAAGAAUGGCCAAGGACAGGAUUGGGCAGGACCGAGAGGUCACUGUAUGGACGUAUGAAUCGCCAAAUUCUAUCGAGGCGUACGUCAAGAAAACCCGAAAGAAGAAGAAAAAGAACAAGGCUAAGUUGGCGUUUCACUAA